CGUCCAUCUUUAGCCUGUAAUCAACAGCCACUGGGUUCAGUUAGUGGAGAAAGUUACAGUUACCGGAGUUCUCGUUUGGUUUGGGGGAGAAAAAUCUGAAACACCAGUUCUGCCUGCUUUUAGGAGGAGAAAGGGGUCACCCAGAGGGUGCAGUGGUGUGUGAGAUCAAUUGUGCUUCUUAUGACGGCCCGGAACCUUUCUGCAAUGCUUAUUUUAACCUGACGCUUGCACACAUACAUUGUAAGGUCCUGAAUUGACCUCUGGAAGGGCACCAGAAGGUUCCAAAACAUGACCCAAUCUGUGCAGAUAAACCCCAAGCUGCCAAAUUUGGGUGCCCCUUUUCAAUGUGCCACUCAGGAGGAAAUGGAUCAAAGUGCAUCCUAUUCUGUGCAAACACCGUAUGGAUUUCAGCUGGAUCUCGAUUUUCUUAAGUAUGUGGAAGAAAUCGAGAGUGGUCAGAGCAUCCGCAGGGCCCACAUGAGCCCUCGGAGACCCUCCCGUAGUGACCGAGGCUCCCAGAGGAGUGCAGGGGGUCGCGCCAGUGGCUGGACUUCUACUGAGUCACUGGCAUCGACAACAAGCGAGGAUGGCCGCUCUGCUCCUCCACCCGUUGCUCGAAGCCACCUUAUAUCACCCAGUCCUAAGUCCCAGCCCCUUUCGCCAACAUCAGUGUUCAGCCCCACACUGCCCUCCGCUUCAAAGAUUCCUCCUCCACCGCCACCACGUAACCCUCGGGUGGAAAGAACACUCCUCGAAACAAGCCGUCGACUGCAGCAGGAGCAGAGCUUUUUCCCCAAUGGUUUAGGAUUGCCUGCCUCUGACCUUUCCAGGGUGGGCACUAGAGAUGGAGGAGGAUCUGUUGGCAACUUAUCGGCAUCCUCACCGUUGCCUACAGAUGGUCACCUGCUACAGAUUUCAACCACUGCUGCUACUACUGUGCAGAAUCCACCUUCCACUGGCUGGAACAGACUCAGCCCUCAGAACUCUGGCAGGAGUACCCCAGCUUCCAACUGUGGGACGUCGGCUUCAUCUUCGAUUCCCCCAGGGCAGCUCCAGACAGUGCGAGAGCAGAUGGCUGCAGCUCUUAGGCAGCUUAAGGAGAUGGAGGAGAAAGUGAAAGGAGUUCCAGCCUUGGAGAGAGAAGUAACCCUGCUCCGCGCUGAAAAGGACAGACUAGAGCUGGCCCUCCAACAGAAAACCGAAGAACUUGCGGCUUUAGCUGAGGCAGCAGCCAAUAGGGUAGAACUUGCACACUUGAACCUGUCAUCGUCUUCGAGUCCCAACAGUUCUGAACCAGAGUUGAAGUCCAGUGAAGUAGUAAAAGAACCUCCACCCAUGAUAGUAGAACGGAACUCUAUAGCUGUAGGCGAUGAUGUCCCUCUUGAGGCGGUGGUUGUUUGCAAUCGACAGAAUGCUAAAGAUGUAUCAAUAGAAGCUACAGUCAGUGUCUCUCAUGUGGGUAUAGAAACUGAGGUGGCAACUAUGCAUGACGAAGAGGUCCAGGUUGGACCAGUACAGACUGAGGAAGUGGCUGUCUGGGUAAUGGAGUCAUUGCUUGGGCUGUCAAGCGAGACAGAGCAAGAAAUCAGCAACCUGCAGCAGACCAUCACAUUACAGCAGGAGUCCAUCCAAGUUCUGGAGACACGCCUAAGCCAGGCCAAUCAGCACCUGGAGGAACUGAAGGCUAAGGAGAAAGAAAGAACCUCCAAGAUCUCAAUAGAAAGAGGGACACUCGUCAAACCAGAGACAACAGAUGCUCUCGUAUCUACUGAAGUUUGUUUGACAUCCUCUAUAGGAGUGGGAGUUUCAGAUUCAGACUUUCCAGUGUCCAAGACGGAUCAAAGCAUGCAGACGGAUUCUGUGGAAUGUUCAGAGGAAAAGACCCCCGUGACGAGGGUCAGCACAGGUGUCCAGUGCGAAAAUCUUCUUAGCACUGACCCACAAGACAAUCAAGAACAGUCAAUAUCUGCAGAGGGUACAGGCCCUCUUAAAUCCAUCAUGAAGAGAAAGGAUGGAAGUGGCUCGGGUGUGGCUUGCAGCGGUGGAAAGAAGAGCUUAAAAUUUGUCGGGAUUCUGAAUGGAGGGUAUGAAUCAAGCUCUAGUGAAGAAGAAGAGGAGGAGGAUGAAGAGGAGGGUGAAGAAGGAAGUUCCUCUGAUGAAAGUGCUGAUGGUGCUUGUUCAGACAGCAGUGAGGAGGAGGCAGCAGCAGCUCUGGAGGACACUUCUGAUGAGGAAAGGAAUAUAAAUUUGGAGGACAGCGAUAGUGAUGAAAAUGUACAAGCUGUUACAGAAGAGGGGAAGGAGCAGACUGAGGAAGUAAAAGAAAAGUUUGAGCUGAGUUCAAAGAUGCGUGAGGCUUGCCUCAUUUUGAAGAACCACCUAAAUGAUGGUGCCAAAGCAGCAAAGAGUAAAGAACUGCUGUCCAGCACCCACACCGUGCAGUUGGAAUGGUUCAGGGUAUCCAGUGCUAAGAUGUCUCAGCCGACGCGGGUCUCCAACUACCUGAUGGCUUUCUCUGAAAUCUCCCCUGUCCUGCUGGGCCACGUAGUCAACAUGACUGACGGCAAUGGCAACACAGCUUUGCAUUACAGCGUCUCGCAUUCCAACUUCACUGUGGUUGGCCUCCUGCUCGACACAGGGAAGUGUAACGUGGAUCAGCAGAACAAGGCCGGAUAUACCGCUGUGAUGCUGGCAGCAUUAUCUGCAGUGAAGGAGGAGGAAGACAUGGUGGUGGUUAAGAAGCUGUUUAGUCAGGGCAAUGUCAAUGCUAAGGCAAGCCAGGCUGGGCAGACUGCACUGAUGCUGGCAGUGAGUCACGGGAGGCAGGAGAUGGUGCGAGCACUACUGGAAUGCGGUGCCAGUGUGAACAUACAGGACGACGAAGGCUCCACGGCGCUGAUGUGUGCCAGCGAACACGGCCGUGCUGAGAUCGUCUCCCUGCUGCUGGAGCAGGCAGGCUGUGACAUUUCCAUCGUAGACAAUGAUGGCAGCAACGCCCUGUCCAUUGCCCUGGAGGCAUCCCACAAUGACAUCGCUGUGCUGCUGUAUGCACACAUGAACUACUCUAAAGCUCAGGGAGAGGUUCCCAAAGCAAACCCGAGAAGUCCAUCCAGUCCUAGAAAGCUAUGGCCAUCUGAGUAAUGCAGCCUAGCAGAGCUCAGGCAAAUGGAGGAAAAUGGAUAUUAGCAGGACUAACUAUCUUAACUGGAAAACUAACAUUGUUUAUAUAACAGGUUUACAUGUAAUAAUACUGUAUAGGCCGGCUGUUCAAUUCCCAGUUACUUAUGAUCAUAUUGCGUUACCGUACAAUCAUUAUUAAUAUAAUUAUUAUUGUGUGCCACUUUACUAAUCACAUUCAUUUCAGUUGGGAGGACAGAUGUAUGUCUGUACAUGGUUUAAAACAUUUUUUAUCAGUAAGGUUUUUCAGAAAUAGAGAGAGAGAGAGAGAGAGAG